AUGUCCUUGCACACUUCAGUGUUCCGUCCAUCAGCAUGGCCUAGACAUUCUCCAACAGAGAGCAAGAGACCAGACUGGAACUGGAGUGCUGUGCAGAACACUUCUGUGGACAAGUGGGAAGAUGUCUUGAGCCAUAUCAAGAUCGAUACCACGAAGGAGAACUCUACAGUUGAGCAUUUCAACAAUCAACAGCUGAUACAAAUUGGAGACACUGCAGCAGAUCUACUUGCCCAAGUGGAGGCCAACAAAUCAGACUCUUCAGAGGACAAAGGCAAGGAGAGCGACGUCUCCUUCGCACUACUCUCACGCACCUCGUCCUUCUCCUCCAUCUUGAACGCUGCUGCGGCGAUGCAGUCGAGCAUCACCGCGCUCCCGACGGCUGCAGCAGAGAGCGAGUUCUAG